AUGCUGGAGGAAGGCGAGUAUUUCCUCAAAGUGCUGAUCCCCAGCUAUGCGGCAGGCUCCAUCAUUGGCAAAGGGGGCCAGACCAUCGUCCAGCUGCAGAAGGAGACCGGGGCCACCAUCAAGCUGUCCAAAUCUAAAGAUUUCUACCCCGUGGGGGUGGUGGGGGGGUGGGUGGGAGGGUGGGGCGGGGUUGGGUUGUGUGGGGGGGAGUGGUGGUGUGGUGGGGUGUGGGAGGUGGCGGAGGUAGGGGGAUGGGGGGGUGAGGGGGUGGGGUGUUCGUGGGGGGGGGGCUGUUGGGUGGGGGGCGGAGGGGUGUUGCUGGGAUUGAGGUGGAUGGGGCGGGGAGGGGGCUUUGGAGCGGCGCGUAGCGGGGGGGGGUGUGGGGGUUGGGGGGGGGGGGGUGGGGGGAUGUCGGGGGGGGGUAUGGUUGUGGUUGGGGGAGGGUGGGGUGGGCGGGGGGGGGGGUGGGUGGGGGGGGGGUGGGGGUGGGGGUGUUUGGGGGGGGGGGGGAGGGGGGGGUGUGGGGGGGUGGGGAGGGGGGGGGGAUGGGAGGGGGGUGGGGGCGUUGUGGGGGGGGGAAGUUGGGUGGGGGGGGGGCGUGGGUGGGGGGCCGGGUGUGGUUGGGGGGGGGGGGGGGGGUGGGGAUGGGGGGGGGGGCGGGGGGUGAGGGGGUGGGGUGGGUGGUCGUGGGGGGGUGAUAGUGUGGGUGUGGGGGGGGGGUGGAUGGUUGGUUGA